AUGUUCACUGUCCCAGAUUCAUGGUUACUAGAGAACCAUUUUCAAGGUAAGAAACUCACACAACUAGUUGUGGGUCUUUCAGCGUUAUCAAUCUUCUUUUUUGGUUAUGAUCAAGGUAUGAUGGCUGGAGUCAACACGUCGCCCGAUUACGUUGACAAAAUGAAAUUUGGAUACUAUGACUCGGCAGGUGAUGUCACAGUGACCAACUCAACCAAGCAAGGUGGUAUUGUUGCAAUAUACUACUUUGGUACUCUCGUUGGAUGUCUUUUUGGUGGAUUCAGUUCUGACAGGUACGGAAGAAUUAGAGCUAUUGGAUUGGGUGCUGCCGUAGCUAUCUUCGGAGCAGCACUUCAGUGUUCUGCUACUCAGGUGUCUUGGAUGUGUGGUGCUAGAUUUGUGAAUGGUAUUGGAACCGGUAUCUUGAAUGCUGUUGUUCCGGUUUAUUCGUCAGAAACGGCUGAACAUACUUCUCGAGGUGCUUUUAUUGCCAUUGAAUUCACGUUGAACAUUUUUGGAGUGGUAGUUGCUUACUGGUUGGAAUAUGGUUUGAGUUAUAUCGAUAAUGGGUUUACUGCAUUUAGAUGGAGAUUCCCAAUUGCGUUUCAGAUCAUUCCGUUAUUAGUACUUUUGGCAAUUACCUGGUUUUUCCCAGAGUCUCCAAGAUGGCUCAUUAAGAAUAACGAGCGGGGCAGGGCCAAGAAAUUGCUUAUUAGUAUGAGAGGUGAGGCUCGAGGUGAGGAAGAAUUCGACCAAAUUUGUGAAGCAAUGGAAUUCGAAGAAGACUCAGCUUUAACUGGUAACUAUUUCAGAAUGUUCUUUGACUAUGUUAAGACCAAUGACCUCGAGCAAAGAAAGAAAGCCAAGAGCCUUCACAUUGCCCGAAGAAUUCAAAUCGUUAUUUGGUUGCAAAUUAUGCAAGAAUGGGUUGGAAUUGCUGGUGUAACCGUAUACCAACCGGAGAUUUUCAAGCAGGCAGGUUACACGACAAGAAAGUCGGCUUGGUUAUCUGGAUUGAAUAAUAUCUUUUACAUGUUUGCAACUUUGAUCAAUUACUUCACUGUUGAUAGAUGGGGACGUCGUUUUACCCUUUACUGGGGAGCGAUUGGACAAGGUAUUGCCAUGUUUUUGGCAGGUGGAUUCUCGAAGCUUCAGCAACAAAAUCCAGAGAAUAAGUCUUAUGGUGCUGCAGCUGCAGCAUUCGUGUUUAUCUUCACUUCGGUUUUCGGAGCCACUUGGUUGGCAGUGCCUUGGUUGUACCCAACGGAAAUUUUUCCAUUGAAAGUAAGAGCACAGGGUAAUGCUUUUGGGGUUGUGGGAUGGUCAAUUGGUAAUGGAUGGUUAACACUUCUUUGUCCGGUAAUGUUCAGCAAUAUCCAAGAGAAAACUCUAUACAUCUUUGGUGCAUGCAACUUUAUUUCAAUUGUUCUUGUUUACUUGUUCUGCCCAGAAACAGCCAACAGAACAUUGGAGGAUAUAGAUUUCUUGUUUGCAUCCAAUAGUUGGUUAGCGUCGCUGGCUGAAAAUGAAUUUAUUGCUUUCCAAUAUGCCAGAGAUAAGGCUGGAAUGCACUCAAUUGCUCGCAGCCAGACUAAUGAUAAGGUGGCGAUCGAAGAGACCGAACACGCAUCGGCCUCAAGUUAA